UAAUAUAAUACUUGAUAUCAUUGAAGCAUAAUAAUAUAGAUUAUAGAAUAUAGAUUAGGAGUCGACGGCCGACGCUCGUAGACUUACACGUCUCCCUCUUUACAAGGUGUUUAUUAUAAAAUGUAAAUACUUUCACUACAGUCUACAAUUUAUAAAACAAAAUCUUGGACUUUGGUACCUACAUGUAAUAAUAUGUGAACACAAUAUUGUGUUGAUUGUAAAUUGAGUUUUACGAUAGUAAAUUAAUAUUAUUGAUUUAUGAUUCGCCGUCAAUGUCGACAACAUUAGUAUAUUAGACAUUAGUGUUUACUGGUUUUUCUUCUUUUUUCCCCUACACACUCCAAUUUGCUUUUCAAAACUUAAAGUUUAACAUCAAUAAUACAAUAAUAUUUUUUGUUUGAGUGAUCUCCCCCACGCUUCAUCAAUAAUGAAACUCUUUUUAACUGGAGCAUCGGGUUUGUUGGGUAGGUCUAUUUAUGAACGUUUUCUAAACGAACCGGAUUGGACUGUGUGUGGUAUUUCAUUCAAAAGGACAAGUCCUGGGUUGACAAAACUGAAUCUACUUGAUAAAGACACAGUCACUAAUCUUCUUAAUACAAUUAGCCCUGAUGUUAUUGUUCACUGUGCUGCAGAACGGUUUCCAGAUAAAGUAGAAAAUGACCCUCAAGCUGCUUAUGAUCUAAAUGUUGGAGUAUCAGCUCAUUUGGCUGAUGUAGCGAAUAAUCUCAAAGUGCCUUUUUUGUAUAUCAGUACAGAUUAUGUAUUUGAUGGAGACAAAAGUCCUUAUAAAGAAACUGAUGAACCUACACCUAUAAAUGAAUAUGGAAGGUUGAAGUUGCUUGGUGAAAAAGCUGUCCUUGCUGCCAAUCUAAAUAAUAUCAUUCUCCGUAUUCCAGUACUAUAUGGACCUGUUGAAAGCUUAGAAGAAAGUGCAAUUACAUAUUUGUUCAUUGGAUUAAAAAAGUGUCAAAAUAAUAAUGAAAUAUUUAAAGUCUCCAAUUAUGAACUUCGUAAUCCAUCAAGUGUUGAUGAUAUAGCACACAUUGUGUUUAAUUUAGUAGAAAAAAAAAUUGUUUCUAAUAAUAGCAUAAGUGGAAUUUACCAAUGGUGUGGAAAAGAAAUGUAUACAAAGUAUGAUAUGGUGGCUAAAAUGGCUAAGAUUUUUAACAUGAGUAUGGAGCAAGUAGUUCCAGUAAAUGGGCAAGGUGGAGUGAAACGCCCAUUUAAUACUCAAUUAGAUGUUUCUCGUUUAAAUCAAUUAGGAAUUGGAACACAUACUAAUUUUGAAGAUGGGAUAAAAACUGUAUUAUCUAGUUGGGUUGUUAAAUAGUUUUAUCAACAAUUUUAUAAAUAUUUUUUUAUUUUUGUAUCAUUGCUCGUUAUAAAUAAAGAAUAUAUUUUGAAAGUUAUAUAUUAUUAUAAAAAAAAAUUCAUUUACUGUAUUUUAAAUAAAGAGAUCAGUAUAUUAUGGUA